UGCACACAUGCCAAAAGCAUCCAACUCGCUCGGGUUUCUGGCAUUGAGUAGUCUGUGAGAUUCGCUUGGGAGACAUCACCACCCCAACCACAGUAUUGCAGGCUGCAGCACCUAAAGUUAGACUUCCGUCAGAAGUACAGCUAAGAGAAGCACAACCAAAUCUGGUAGCUUAAGUUCUGAACAACAGGAGACACUGAGAACUGGGAAAGAGUCUGAGAUGGCUUAUGCGAGCCCGGGGACUGAUACGUCAACAGAUCUAGAUACUGACGAGAAGAAUCAAAUGUUGGAACUAGGGCAGCUUGUAUCCCUUACAGCUUCUGAUUCUGGCAACAAAUCAAAAGAUAAGCUAGGUCAAAAGGCACUCCGCCGUCUGGCACAAAACCGUGAAGCUGCUAGGAAAAGCCGUCUAAGAAAGAAGGCAUAUGUCGAGCAACUUGAGAACAGCAGGCUGAAACUUAGUCAAUUGGAGCAGGAGCUCCAGCGUGCUCGCCAACAGGGCAUUUUUAUUCCUACUCCAGGAGACCAGCCUAAUUCAACUACUGAAAAUGGUGCUUUGGCAUUUGACAUGGACUAUGCUCGAUGGCAAGAUGAUCACAAUAAGCAGAUAAAUGAACUGAGGGCUGCACUCAAUGCACAUGCCAGUGACGAUGAUCUUCGGCAUAUGAUCGACAGCAUCAUGGCAUAUUACAGCGAAGCUUUCAGGCUCAAGAGAGUAGCAGCCAAGGCAGAUGCUUUCCACGUGCUGUCAGGAAUGUGGAAGACCCCUGUCGAGAGGUGUUUUAUGUGGUUUGGUGGACUUCGACCGUCAGAGAUUCUAAAGUUACUUGCAAGUCAUCUGGAACCCCUUACUGAACAGCAGCUUGCAAGUAUAUACAGCCUGCAACAGUCCUCGGAACAAGCUGAAGAGGACCUUUCACAGGGGGUGAGAGCACUGCAACAGUCUGUCGCAGAAACCCUUGCAUCAGGAUCCCUGUGUCCUGCUGGUUCUUCUGGUAACGCUGCAGAUUGCUCGGGGCAGAUGGCAGUGGCAGUUGGGAAGCUUGGGACUCUAGAAAGCUUCCUGCAGGAGGCUGACGAUCUGCGAAGGCGGAUUCUUGAACAGAUGCAGCACAUACUGACCACCCGCCAAUCUGCACGAGCACUGCUUGCAAUCAGUGACUACCUUUCCCGGCUACGCGCUCUGAGUUCUCUCUGGAUUGCACGACCACGGGAAUGAAUUCAGUUGGCUCACCAAUUGUUCAUCGCCGGUGGUGGGUGGGUCAAUAAAUUUGUGUUUGUGAACAGAAAUUUUACUCAUUUCUUGCUCUCGUGUACCAAGAAUGUAAAAUGAGAUCUUUGUGGACAGUAGUUUGUAUUAAAA